AAGCUCCCGUGGUAACCUACAACCUGAACUCUAAAAAGUCUAAACCCCUCCUCUUUCUCCCUGAAGCUCCUACACCGGCCCUCCUGGUACUGAGCCCAAUCCCUCAGGACCUGCGUCAUCGCUCUAAAAUGGCCUCGUUCUUUCGUUCUCUCUGAAGGGUUCCCAUCCCUAUCCCUCUUCUCGUGUUUCGUCCUGUGCCCACGCUCCAUCCAAGGCGUCCCUGCCCUUCGCCGGCGACUGCUCCGAGCAACAGCGGGGGCGGUGUGGCCUCGCUUGAGAUCUCACUGUCGAAGGAAGAGGAGUGAGACGAGACGUAGCCAGUUUUAAUUAGAGUUGCUUCAGAAGCUAGGAUGGCUGAGCCACCGCCUCAGAAAGCCCUAUCAGUAUACCUCUACAUCCCCAACAUUAUAGUGUGUUAAUGCUGCAUUUGCAUAGCAUGCUAUAUAAGAGUCAUAAUGAAUUGUGUGGCAUUUGCUCUUUGCUUUUCUAACAGAACACUCUUUGCUAUACUAUACUUCAUCAGUUUUUUCUGCGAUGGAUUGGAUGGUUGGUUUGCACGAAAAUUCAAUCAAGUGUCAACCUUUGGAGCUGUUUUGGACAUGGUAACAGACAGAGUAAGCACUGCUUGUUUGUUGGCGAUUCUCUCACAGUUAUACAGGCCAGGCUUGAUUUUCUUGUCAUUGCUUGGAUUGGACAUUGCAAGCCACUGGUUGCAAAUGUAUAGUUCUUUCUUAUCAGGCAAGACUAGUCACAAGGAUGUAAAGGACAAGAGUAAUUGGCUUUUGAAGGCAUAUUAUGGGCAGCGGUUAUUCAUGGCUUUUUGCUGUGUCGCAUCUGAGGUUCUUUACAUCAUCCUCUUCCUUGUUGCUGAUAACCAAUCUGAAAGCGUGCUCGAUGCUUGCCUGAAUACCUUGAAACAGAGUUCAUUUCUUUCAUUGACAUUAUUUGUAACUCUGAUUGGAUGGGCAAUUAAGCAAGUGGUUAACAUUAUACAGAUGAAGACAGCUGCAGAUUCCUGUGUGCUUUAUGACACAAAAAGAAGCAAAUGACUGUGAACCUCCACAGAUGACUACUUAUUGCCACCUGCUCACCUUUGUGAUUGCUUGCAUAUGCCUGUAUUCUCGUGUUGAAAGAAAACUUAAUCUUAAUCGUUUUUAUAAAAAAUUUGUAUAUUUCUGCCUAUGUGGUCAUCCCAAUGACGGAAGGGAAACAAUUUUUAGUUCUGAACAUGUUAAUGUCAUAGAGAUGCUUUGACAACAAAUAAAUUGGUGAAAUACAGCACAAGUACCAAGUAGCAUAAGAA